CUGGUCGUACUUACAAUGAUGAUACUUGGUUUCACGAAGACGAGGGAGCCUGGAGAUGAAUGAUGGUGAUAAGGCCAUGUGUCAUCACCAAAAGGAGGGUUGCUCCUGAAGUUUUCGCCGGAGCGGCCAGGAAGUCGAUCGAGGUAUGCUCACCUUCUGGGUUUGAUUCCAAUUUUUUCUUUGAAUUGCAUUCGCUUGACACGCUCUUUGUCCAGGCGAUCGCCGAAUGGGAUCGUUUGACUUAUUUGUACGAGCGUUGUGUUCGGAGCCUUUCCGUAGAGGCUACUAACGCGAAAGAUGCCCAUGAGGCUUUGGCCGUUGAAAAGGAAAAAGUAGCUCAGGCGCUGGCCGACCUGGCAAGGUCUCAAGACGACGCCAAGGAGAUGAAGAGGAAAUAUGACGAGUUAGCUGGUCGCGCUCUUUCGGAGAUGAAGAGGCUUCGAGAACGUCGACUUGAAUAUGCUGAAUUUGUCCGGAGAUCGGCCCUUGAUAAGAUGGCGGAGCUCGUUCAGAAGCGAUUGGAUCGUAUUAAAGCUCAUAUUGACGAUACGAAGGCGGCAGAACCAAAGUUUCUUGAAUUCAACCAAGUAUCUGGGAAUAUCAAGACUCUCGAGGCGUUGGUCGAAGGUGGCGAAGUGGAGAUGAAGUCGGAUGACACGAUGUUAAGAUUGGUAGCGGAUACAGAGGAAUUGGAGGCCGAGGUGAAAGCUUUUGGUAUCACCGAUCUUAUGGACGGCGACUUCGAUGUUCGUACUUUAUUUGCCGAGCUGAGUCCUGAUAAUCGUAAUUCCGUUCCACCGCCGACUAAAGGGGAAGAUCUCGCGGAUGGACGAGGUGAGUGCGAAGGCCAAGCUGGUGAAAGAAUCGUUGGUCAAACUGAAGUUCGAGACGAGAUCGCGGAUGCUAGAGACUGAUAUUCCAGGAGGCUAAGCCAAAGGGAAGAAGCGGAGCUCAGAUGCCUAAAGAGAUCCCAAUAUGGCAAAACAAAAAAUAUUCUAAAAACU